AUGGUAGCCAAUGGGAAGCAUAGAAAGAAGAAGAUAAUUCAGCUCGAACAAGAUGAGUGUACAAUUGUAGGACAUGAGAACCUAAAAUUGUACAUCUCUGAGUAUUAUAAGAAGCUUUUUGAAGCACCCGAAGAAAGUUUCGUAGCUCCAGAUGAGAGUGCAAUCGGGGACAUACCUCAACUUAACUUAGAAGAGAAUGAGGUGUUGUCUGCCCUCGCGAGCACUCUGUCACCCCGUGUGGUGCACACUGGUGCUUGCGCAACCGUGUCCUGGUCCAGUGGCCUGUGCGGCUGCUUCGACGACGUUGGCGGCUGUUGCCUGACCUUCUUCUGCCCCUGCGUCACCUUCGGGAGGAUCGCCGCGAUCGUCGACAAGGGAGACACAUCUUGCUGCCUGAGCGGGACCGGGUAUCUGCUGCUCAACUGGUUUGCAGGGUUGGGCUGCCUCUACUCCUGCUACUACCGCUCCAAGCUGCGGGAACAGUAUGGCCUCCAGGAGAAGCCCUGCCCCGACUGCUGCGUCCACAUGUUCUGCGAGGCCUGCGCCCUCUGCCAGGAGUACCGCGAGCUCAAGAGCCGCGGCUUCGACAUGAGCGCCGGAUGGCAGGAGAACGGCGCCGCGACCGCCGCGCCCCAGAUGAACCCAGGGAUGACUCGUUAGUGCGUCCGCAUCUUC